AUGACCUUCUCCGUCAAGUUCCAUCAACGUAACGGCUGGGCAGCCUUUGGAGUUGGAGAGACCAUGGAUCGCGCUUUGAUGUUUGUGUUAUGGCCAGGAGAACAAGAAGGUGACACUGUCUUGUCAUUGCGCUCGACAGUUGGACACGACGCACCACAUUCGCUCAAGAAUCAGAGACAGGUUCACGUCCAUAGGACGGAAGUUGAUGGGAAUGGCUUCCAUGUCCUGCAGGCCACUUGUUACUCGUGCGAGACGGUCGGUUUAGGUCCACUGAACGCUUCCAGCGAACAACAACCAUGGUUGUUUGCGAGCAGCUCUAUACAAAAGACCAGAACCAACGACCCAAACUUGAGGAUGGAUAUGCAUACAGAUUAUGGUCUCAAGUUCCUCAACAUGGCACAGGCGAUAUCCACGAACCAAGCCGAAGAGUAUCCAAUAAUCACUGGAGAUCGUUCUUCGACUCAUGCUCUGGGCUCUUCCGAGCUUCAUACACCAGUGAUCCGCUCCUCCAUCAACAUGUGGGACGCGCAUGGAGCGAUACUAUCUUUUGCAGUCGUUCUCAACUGUAUUGGAAUUCUCUUGAUCCGUAGCGGACUUAAGUGGGCGUUUCGUGGUCAUUGGCUGGUGCAAGCAAUCUCUGCCUCUGGUCUAUUAGUUGGCUGUCUCAUUGGUGUCAUAAAAAGCACACACCUAUUUCAGAUUGGAAGUUUCACGUCGAUACACAAGAUCAUUGGUCUUGCGAUCGCUGUCGCAGUGCCGGUUCAGAUCACGUUCGGUUACAAACACCAUAUGAACUACGUCAAGUACGGAGAGCGGACUAGAUCUUCCUCGGUUCAUGUUUAUCUUGGUCGUGCCCUCUUUCUAACUUUGAACCUCAAUGUCUUCCUUGGGCUUUUACAUGGAAAGAAGAGCAUCACGUUACGAUGGCUCUGGGCGAUGGUGGUUUCCAUUGAGAUGCUGGCAGUAAGUAUGAUGAUGUUUGCGAAGCGCACCGACAACAAGAAGGGCUAUGGGCAAGUGGAAGGCGAGGAAUUUGAUCCUUUUGUGAUUGGAGACGAGGAAGAGAAGCUGAGGGAUCCUGAAUCAUUCGACGAGGGAUCUAGCAAGGGCAGCACUGACUCCUAG